GCUACAACUGGGGUGAAUCCAUCUGAAGAGAGUGAAGCAGUGAAUGGAAGCGAUGAUAAGCAAUCGAGUGCCGACGAUGUGACGACGGAUGCAAUUGAGCUCGAUUCUGGGAGACGAGAUGAUGAAUCUGAUCAAGACGAAGAAAUUGAUGCACAAAAUGAAUCAUCCGAUGCACUGGAAGAAGGUUCCGGUGGGGAAGGAAACAAUGAAGAAUCAUCGUUGGUUGAAGCUGAAACUCAGAACGGAAGUGACGAUGAACCAAUUACAGAGCAACAACAAGAACAUGAUGUGCACGAAUUCAAACAACAAAAUACCCAAAAUGACUCAGAAGGUACAGUUAAUGAGGAAAUUCAAAAAAGUGAUGACGAGAAUGAAACAGUGAAAGAGGAAGUGAUCACUGAGACAACCGAUGAAACGCUCCAAGACGAUGACCAACUUUUGGAGGAAGAUACGGCUUCGGCAGGUAAUGCAGAAUCGCCACAAGAGGGCACCGAUAAACGCAACAAGGCUAAAAGCAAAGACUCGACAACGCAAACUUCAACGAAUCAAGGUAAAGGAUCAAAGAAACACAAUCGAAUCUAA